CUCGAAGACACUCCAGCUAUCAAGACAUCAGUCGAUAAUCAAGACUUCCUGGAAACUACAACACACUCAUUUCGCAUCACUUCACCCACAACAACAACAACAACAACAACAACAACAACAACAACUUCUCUCAAGAUGCGUUUCACUUCAGUAACUGCCCUGGCGGCCUGCCUCUCCGUCGCCGCAGCAAUUCCAGUGGCCGACCCCGAAGCCCAGAACGCUGGCAACGGCAACGUCCACACCAACAAAUGCGGCAUGACCCGUUUCAACGCCCAGUAUGGCUUUGGAAAACCUCCAACCCUUCAGGAUUGCAUCACUAUGAUCACGAAGAUCAGCUCAAGCCCACACCUUGUCGAUCAACGAAAGCAAGUCGGACAAUAUGGGGACUGCGCCUUCAUCGUUUCACCAACGAAGAAAGGUACACAUGCAAAAAUUGGAAUGGAUGAUAUCAAGGAUAUCACCAGGGACGUAACUAAUGACUGGGCCAACAACAAGGACGGGCCGACGUCAUACGAGGGUACCAUCCAGAUUGGCUCCGGCGGCAAGAUGUCUUGCGAUUCCGACAACAAUACGCAGGUGGAAAUCUACUGGUCAAUUGGACUUUGGGCCCCCAAGACCCCAAGGAAAAGCAAGCCAAGCAAUUAAUUGGCUUCUUGGGGAGAGGGAGAAAUGAACCUCGAUGCUCCAGCCUAAUUUGGUCCGUGGCAUUCUGGUCAAGGACGGAGAGAGUGAGAGACAUAUACGCGGAUAUCUCGAUGACCAUCGGAGAGGUUUUCUUUUUUGUUUGUUUUGUGGUUUUUUGGUUUUUAAACACCCCCCAACGUACAUAGCUACUCUCUUGUCGCAUAGAAGGAAAGGAAGAACUUGAGCUGUAUAGAGAACAAUUAUAC